AUGGAGAACUGGAACAGGAAAUGGAGGACGCUCUGGUGCUGGUCGAAUGUCUACUUGGGAUGGAAGGUAGCGCAGGCGCGCAGCCGCGCACUGCCCCAGGACAAGCAAGCAGCGUACUGGGAGCAACGGCACGAGCACUUUGCGAACCUUGUGUGGGACAACAUCAAGGAGCUAAAAGGCUGGUGGGUAAAGGUCGGGCAGUUCCUGAGCACGAGGAGCGAUUUGCUGCCUCAGCAGUACAUCCACCAUUUAAUCAAACUCCAAGAUAUGAUGCCGACGACACCAUACGCAGUCAUUGAGAAGACCUUGCAGACAGAAUUGGGGGACUUGAGUCAAAUCUUCUCGAAGAUUGAGGAGAAGCCUCUGGCUUCUGCAAGCAUUGGCCAGGUGCACCGCGCGUGGCUGACAGAUGGUACCGCGGUAGUGGUUAAGGUUCAGCAUGCGGACGUCGAAUCUCUUUUAAUGCACGACAUGGCCAACCUUAAACAGUUGUCGUGGGCCUUCGGAAUGCUCGAACAGGGCAUGAACUUCGCGCCUAUUUUAGAGGAAUGGCAGAAGGCGGCGAGCAAAGAAUUGGAUUUCAGAUUUGAAUAUGCACACCAGACGAGGGCAUACGAAGCAGCGCAGCGCUCCGGAAUCGGCGUGAUCAUCCCAAAGUGCUACCAGAAUUUGGUGACAAAGUCCGUUAUGGUGAUGGAGUUCAUAGAUGGCUUCAAGGUUACUGACGUCGCGAAGCUUGACCAAUACGGCAUAGACAGGAGGGAGCUCAUGUACAAACUGUGCGACAGCUUUGCCUACCAAAUUCACAUUGAUGGGCUGUUCAAUGGUGAUCCUCAUCCGGGAAACAUCCUGGUCUCCGUCGAUCCUGUAACGAGAGAGGCGAAACCUGUUAUUCUUGACUGGGGACUUGUGAAGGAAUUUGACUCGAAGGGGCAGACGGCCUUCUCUAAACUUGUGUACUCUGUCGCAUCAAUGGAUGUGAUGGGCCUGAUGGAGGCCUUCGAACACAUGGGCUUCAUGUUCAAGGAGGGGAAGGGGGCCGUAGUAGACCCAGAAAUCUACAUGGAGGCCUUGCGAGUAGCCUUCAGGCAAGGGGAAGUCGAGAAGAACGAGACCGAGGCUCUUCACAAGGCGGCGGGGGAAACGGUCCAGGCUGCCGUCAAGGCUGGCAUUACUCGCAAGAAGAUCCAAGAGGCAAAUCCGCUCGAGGACUGGCCGAAAGACAUUAUAUUUUUCGUGCGCGUCGCGUCACUCCUUCACGGCCUCUGCGUUCAGUUGAAGGUGCACAUUCCCUUCUUGCAGAUAAUGGUUCGUCGGGCGCAGGAGUGUCUGUUCAAUCGUUAUCAGCCUCCUAGCCCUCUUAUAUACACUCACUUCCUGGGAGGCAGGGGAGCUGCCAAGUGUUCGCUUCACCAGCGAUUGAAUCGGUUGCUACAGAGCCUGGUGGAGAGGAAGUUGGUUCUUGGAUGCCAAGUGGCGGUUUGCUACGAAGGAGAAAUGAUAGUCGACGCAGCCAUUGGCCAGAUGGGACCUGUAGAUACGCGCCCGGUUACCCCAGACUCUCUAUUUUGCGGCUACUGCACUGCGAAAGGGCUGUUAAGUACGGCCUUGCUACACCUCGUGAGCAGCGGGGAACUGGAGCUCGAUGAUGCGGUAUCGAGUUGGUGGGACGGAUUUAUUCGAUAUGGGAAGCGGGCCAUAACUGUGCAGCAGUUACUCACGCACCGCGCAGGUCUGCAUCGAGCAUUGCCCGCAGAUCUUACCCUCUCCAGACUCGCCGACUACAGCGAGAUGGUCCGCAUAGUGGAGGACGCAGCACCCGCCUCUCCGCCUGGGGCUUCGGGAAGAUACGCCUACCUAACUUACGGGUGGGCGGUCAGUGAGUUGGUGCGCUGCGUCUCGGGCAUGUCGAUAGACGCCUUUGUACAGGAACGUUUGUUAGAGCCUUUAGGACUCAAGGGUGAGAUUUUCAUCCGCGUGCCCCAACAGUCCGAGCAGUCCGUAUCGGCUGACCGAGCACCACAGACAUCUGCAGGCGCAGCAGGAGACAGCAACAAGUCGAUUCCAAUAGUUAAGGCGACUGGUGCCCUCAGCAGCCCCAAAGUAAGACAAAGAAGCACUGACAGUAUGCGGAUGGUUUCUAGUAGCCAGCAGGCCCUGCAUGUGUCUUCUACUUUGGAGCUCCGGCACUCUUCCCUCUCGAAAGAAAGGGGGCUGUCUCCUCUAUCUGAUAAGAUGGCUGCAGCAGCGCUUUCUGGAACCAAUACCGCUGCUGCUAACUCGGGGUGCUCACGCUCAAAGACGCUGGAGUCCUUGAGUUCCUCGCAAGACGUACUCUCGACGACCCAUGCAGGCAACGGCGCAGAUGGCGGAUCUCAACAGCACUUAGCAAGCGACAGACGCCACUCGUUUUUGCUUUCUGGCCCUCAGAUUUCACUCAGGGAUGGUCAUGACGCAGCUUACUGCGGGGAAGCACGGGGACGAAGUAAUGCACGGAGUAACCUCACCAGCAGCGCCUCAUCUCGUGGUCCACAGCUUGUGUCGACCCAAAAGAUGGAGGAACCCUCAUCGGAUAGAGAAAGCAGUAGAGAUCGCUCCGUCCUUAGUCCUUCACUGGAACACAGAGUGGCGCCAAGUGAUCCCUCAGCUUCUUGGCGGCAUCUAGAAGCAGAUGACGGGGCCUCUGACCGAAGCAAAUGCAGCAGCAGCAGUAAGUGUAGUGCACCUCUACAAGGGAGUUCACAGAGUGCGGAGAAGGGGCAGCUUUCUGUCUUCCCGAAGGAAGUCGAGAUAGUCACAGCGGACACUCCCCUGCUGUGGCGGUUGACCUCCGCGCGCAGAAAGAUAUCCUUCAACCCCAUGACCCAGCAAGAGGUGCUGCAGCGCCUCAAGCAAACGCAGGGUAAGUUGGAGGGAGCAAAUAGUCAGGCAGGUGGGGGGAUUCCGAGCUCAGGUGACAACGAAACUAGACGCCACAUUGCUUCGGCGAUGAGGCGGCGCCGUCGCCAGCUCAUAAACAUGAAGGGCAACUCAGGGCCCCUCGAGCAUGUUCGGGAGGUGCAAAUGUGCAACGCGCGCAGCGCGGAGAGCCUGCCGGAUGUAUUUUUGCGCACAAGAGCUGUGCGACAAGUUGAGGAGGACCAGCAGAAAUCAGAGGAAGAGGGAGGUUUGUCUCAAAGCGACGCCUUCACGGAGGGGCUUAGAACCCCUGACUCAGACUCCGACAACCCAAGCAUAGCACCGAAAGCCCCGGGCACAGCUCCGCGAGUGUCAGUGCUUGAGUUGAUACGAACGAAGCCGCACGUCAUGGACCCGCUCAUCUACGACAGCCACCGCAUUGUGCACCAGCUGAUUCCUCCCAGCAACUGCCGCUGCACCGCGAGAGCCCUUGCCCGGUUUUACGCCGCCCUAGGGGAAGGCCAAAUCAUCAGCAAGCCUCUUCUUGACGCUGCGCGCGUUGCCCAUACUGUUGACCCCACUCUGGAGGCGCUUCUGCUGACGGGAGGAGGCAGCAGAACUUGGGGGUUGGGUUAUCAGCUGUACGACUGCGUCUACUUGUCGCCUCCUGGCUGGAGUGGGAUCCGGCCUGGGCAAGGCACCCACACGGGCGCUGCCCUUUUGCAUAGCCGCAUAUCAAGUGUAGGUGACUUCGUUCCAAGGCGAAACAGACGCUCACGAGACAACAGCAUCUUCGCUUUCUCGGGGGCAGGCAGCGGUCCUGGUCAGCACACGGAUGUGGAAGCGCUUCUGCGUGAUAGGGGCCUGUCUUCUUCACAUCCUUGGGGAGCGACUCUCGGCAUCAAGCCUGGCGGAGUUGUUGGCCUUGGACAUGGAGACGUUGGAGGCUCCGUGGCCGUUUGUUUCCCAGAAAUGAAUUUGUCCAUCAGUAUACUUCUCAACGAUGUCCUCACCGGACCAGAGGCAUCGCAGAUCAUUCUCGAGUUUCUACUGAGGUGUUUUGGCUUGCAGCCAAAGUGGCAGACACAUGUCAGCAUCAACGAAGUGCUGGAAAAUUUGACGCCUCUACCAACGCAGUCUCAGUAA